AUGGCAGGAUCAUUACUGGGAGACAUGGACGGACAAGCGCAAGGAGCUUAUAGAGAUUACGACGCCGGCGCCGUUUCGAUUUACGCAGACACCCUUAAAAGCAUCCAAACAGCAACAGAAACCGCCCUCUCUCGACCGCUCGAAGUUCGCGCCAUCACUUGCCCCGCACAUUUCUUCGAAGGAGAGCCGAUCUUCAAUCUCAGACUCGCAGCAUCCAGUCCUCGUCUUCGUUACUUCCCAGAUGACGACGACGACGACGACGACGACGCCUAUGAUCAAAUUGUCGCUCUGUACAAUGCAGCUCGCCUAGCGCAUCAUCUGGACAAUUGCAAGAUGUUUGGGGGCCAAGAAGGAUGCGAUAUCUUUUCCGAAGACAAUUUUGCUUUGCAUCUCAAGAACCCUGCCAGCGAAUAUUUUCAGCAAGUAGCGUCUGCGAUCCAGGGCUUCAUGGACGAAAUGAUCGUCAAGAUGACAGAGUAUUAUGGUAUAAAAGAUUCGAAGCUCAAAGUGCGAGGCGUGAUUCUGGCGGGUGAGGCUUCGAGGGAGGGAAUGGAGGGUUUCAAGGAGAUUAUCGAAGCGUCACUUCCGGAAUACAAGGGGCGCUUUAUGUUCGACGUUGAUCCGUCGCUGAUAGGUGCAAAGGGUGCAGCGCAUCGUGCGAGACAAUGGGCUUUGAAAAUGGCGUUUGUGAAGCCGCGAGGACCGUUUCAUGACGAUCUCUAG